AUGCUUCCUGUGUUUGGACUCCCCAUCUCAGCAACGGAGCUCCUCCUGGCCUCUGCCAUCUUCUGCCUGGUAUUCUGGGUGGUCAGGGCCUGGAGGCCAUGGGUCCCUAAAGGCCUGAAGAGUCCUCCGGGGCCCUGGGGCUGGCCCCUGAUUGGGCAUGUGUUGACCUUGGGGAAGAGCCCACACCUGGCACUGACACACCUGAGCCAGAGGUAUGGGGACGUGCUGCAGGUGCGCAUUGGCUGCACUCCUGUGCUGGUGCUGAGUGGCCUGGACACCAUCCGGCAGGCCCUGGUGAGGCAGGGUGAUGACUUCAAGGGCCGGCCUGACCUCUACAGCUUCACCCUGAUCAUUGACGGCCAGAGCAUGACCUUCAAUCCUGACUCUGGACCAGUGUGGGCUGCACGCCGGCGCCUAGCCCAGAACGCCCUGAAGAGCUUCUCCAUGGCCUCAGACCCAACUUCCUCAUCCUCCUGCUAUCUGGAGGAACAUGUAAGCAAGGAGGCUGAGUACCUCAUCAACAAGUUCCAAGAGCUGAUGGCAGAGGUUGGACAUUUUGACCCCUAUAGAUAUAUGGUGGUGUCGGUGGCCAACAUCAUCUCUGCAAUGUGCUUUGGCCAGCGCUAUGACCAUGACCAUCAAGAGCUGCUUAGCUUGAUCAACUUGAGUAAUGACUUUGGGGAGGUGGUUGCCUCAGGAAACCCAGCCGACUUCAUCCCCAUCCUCCGCUACCUGCCCAACUCCACUCUAAGAGCAUUCAAGGAACUGAAUGAAAAGUUCUACAAUUUCAUGCAGAAGAUAGUCAAGGAGCACUACAAAACAUUUGAAAAGGGUCACAUCAGGGACAUCACAGACAGCCUAAUUGAACAUUGUCAGGACAAGAAGCUGGAUGAGAAUGCAAAUAUCCAACUGUCAGACAAGAAGAUCAUUAAUAUUGUCAUGGACCUCUUUGGAGCUGGGUUUGACACAGUCACAACUGCCAUCUCCUGGAGCCUCAUGUACCUAGUGACAAGCCCCAGAGUGCAGAGAAAGAUCCAGGAGGAGCUGGACACAGUGAUUGGCAGGGCACGGCAGCCCCGACUCUCUGAUAGGCUCCAGCUCCCCUAUCUGGAGGCUUUCAUCCUGGAGACCUUCCGACAUUCAUCUUUCCUCCCCUUCACUAUCCCUCACAGUACCACAAGAGACACAAAUCUGAGUGGCUUUUAUAUACCCAAGGGACGUUGUGUAUUUGUGAACCAGUGGCAGAUAAACCAUGACCAAAAGGUGUGGGGUGACCCAUCUGAGUUCCGGCCUGAAAGAUUUCUCACUACUGAUGGCACCAUCAACAAGGCACUGAGUGAGAGAGUGAUUCUCUUUGGCAUGGGCAAACGGAAGUGCAUUGGGGAGACCAUUGCCCGCUUGGAGGUGUUCCUCUUCCUGGCCAUCCUGCUGCAGCAAGUGGAGUUUAGUGUGUCACCAGGCAUGAAAGUGGACAUGACCCCCAUCUAUGGGCUGACCAUAAAGCAUGCCCGCUGUGAACACUUUCAGGCACACCUGCGCGCUUAG